AUGAAGAAGGGGAGGAUGGCCCAUCGACUGCCUGAGAUGAGUGUCCUCGCGUGCCUUCUUCUCUUCUCAUUAGUGCUACUAUCCUGUGCCGCGCCUGCAUUCUCACAAUUCGAUGACGACGCUAGCGCCUCCUACGACUACGAUGGCACUCUCAUCCUCAACAGCCGCAAUUUCCGAGAGAUGACAAGUCAGGGGGUGUGGGUCGUGAUGUUCUACUCUUACAGCGUCGUCAUCAAGAGGACAGAGGAGGCGUACAACUGCAGGAGCUUCACGUGGUUGUGGGGAGAUCUGGCGACUCGUUUCUCUGAGCUUGGAGGAGAGCCAAACUCUGGCCCAAGGCCGAGCAUUCACAUUGCCAAGUAUGAUACCUCCUCGGAGUCAGAGAGAAGGUUCGUGGCCUCCAUCCUGCGAUCGGAGAGGAUCGAGGAGCUGCCUGCCGUCUUCAUCUUCGAGGCGGACCAGAUGCGCAAACUUCCUCCAGUCAGCAUGGAGAAGAUUCUUGGCAACCUGCCGGAUAUUGACAGGCUUGAGGGCUACAGUACCGAAAUGACUUGUGACCCUCCGAGCGACUACUAUGACGCACACGCACAGAAUGAGCAAAAUUUAUAUACGCUAGUCGACUUCGUCUCGGAGUACCUGGCCGAUACAAGGAGAGUUGGUCUGCAUGUACCUCCGCAGCAGUACAAGGAGUACGACUCUGGGGUUGAUGAGGACUUUGACUUCUUUGACCCAACAAUUAAGAUUCUUGCGGCAGCUCGCGAGUCUGUCAAGACUGGCGACCG